GUGUGUGUAUUUGUUUGGAUGCGUGUUUGUGUGUUUUGUUUAACUUUUUACGAAAUAUUAUUGGCAAUACGAGUUCCGAGAUUUGCAGCUGGCUUCAAAUCUUUACCCAAUGCCCGCUCCCAAAACGUCACGGGUAGUGGAUCUGGCCGCCGUUUGCCUUAUCUGUCUACGUGAAGAGGCUGGUUACUGUUCGAUUUAUGGCCAGGACUUGGAGACGCCGCACAUGCAGAUUGUGGACAAGAUACGCAAUUGCAGCUCCUGGCACCUGGAGUCGCGUCUCAUUAAAUUGAAUCGUUUGCCCGAUAAAAUAUGUCACGGCUGUCGCAACGAACUGAGCAUCACCUAUAGAUUCCAACAGAAAUGCCUGGAGGCCCAAAGAUUGUUCGAGGCGGCAGCAGCACCGCCCGAAAUCGAAAUGAUAAUGGAAGAGCUAGAGGAGGAGCGGCUGAAAAUGAUUGCCGUACCAGCACCAGAGAUCGAAUUGAUUAUGGAAGAGAUCGAGGAGGAGCGUUUGAAAAUGCAUUUGGAGGAGCAACAAAAAGUCAAAGUGCCAGCCAGUUUAAAGAUCAAACGAGUCGGUAUCGAGGUGGAGGCCGAACUGGAAUCUACUCUGCUCGUGGUCCCCAAAGCGGAGGAAUUUCAGGAGGGUGAUGAUUUUCUCGAUAACGACGAGGUGGAUGAUGAUGAUGAUGAUGACCAACAGGAGACGGAGCAGGAGCAGUUGGUCUUAAGUCUAGAUGAAGUGCCCCUCAAAGAGACCAAUUGGGACGCUGAUUCACUGUCAGCAUCGGCACCAUCUUUAAAUUUGGCCAACGAAACACCAGAGGAAGAGGAUGACGGCGAGGAAGAUGGUGAAUAUGUACCGCCGACAGUGAUUCCAAUUAAGGCCACCAGCAAUCGUCAGCAAUCACGCCCAAGAUCACGUUCACGUUCCAAUGCCCAGACGCAACAGCAGCAGUCGCAGUCGCACUCACAUACUGCAUCGAAAAUCUGUGAAAUCUGUGGGAAUACCUAUAAAUAUCAGCAUGCCCUCAAUGCCCACAUGAGGCGUCAUCGGAACGAGCGUCCAUUUGCCUGUGAGGUAUGCCAGAAGGCAUUCAUCUCGAAUGUGGAGCUGCGACGUCAUAUGCGUGUCCAUACGGGCCAGAAACCCUACGGCUGUCGGUUCUGCGAUCGGCGGUUCUCUGACUUUGGCAGCAGUAAAAAACACGAGAGGAUUCACACCGGCGAACGUCCCUAUGUCUGUGAAGUGUGCAACAAGGGAUUCGCCUAUGCCCAUGUCCUGUCCGUUCAUCGGCGUACGCAUACGGGUAAAAAGCAAUUUCAGUGCCUCGAAUGCGACAAAGGAUUCACCAAGAAAUCUUAUCUGGCCUCACAUCUGGAGCAACAUCAUACCAAGAAACAGCAACAAGAACAGCAGCAGCAACAGCAGCAGCAGCCUUUACAGGAUUCCCAACCAGCUGCCGAAGAUUUACCUCAAUUGAUCAUUAUCCAAGAGCAAACAAAAGUCCUGGAGGAUGGCAUUGUAACAAAUGAUUUCAUGUUCAAUGAGGAAUCGGCCACCAAUGAGGACCAGCAGCAUCAUCAUCGUCAUCAACAAGCCGAUGAAGACGACAACGAUGAUGAUGAUGGCGUUGCCCACGCUGUUGAUAGUGAUGAUGACAAUGAUCACAAUGAUAAUGACAAUGACAAUGAUGAUCAUGUGGGCUUUCAUAAUGUUGGCUCUGUUGUCAAGGGACCCUACGAGCUAGUUGUCGAGGGUCUCUUGGGUCCAGAUGAAUUUGUCUCAACCGGUUCAAAAUAUUUAAUAGAUUAAUAUACACUAGAAUGGAUCGAUCUCCCCUAUUCAAAUUUAAAUUAAUAACCUCCCCCCCCGCCACCCCCUACCUCCCAUCACCGUCCCAUACUCUUAGCUUAUAACUAAGAAAAAGAAAAAAAAAACAUUGCAAACUGUGUAAAUAAAUAACAAGAAAAUUGAUUCGAAGAAAUAAUAAGAACUAAAGUAUGACA